CACAGACCGGAAGUGAGAGAGAUUUAUCAGAAAACACGUGAAUCCUCGAACUUGCAGGAGGAACGUAAAACCGGAAAUACCGAGCGGCAACCGGAAGUACGAUCUGCGCGAACCAUGCCCCGCCGGAAACAGCUAAACCCCCAGCCGGUUAAAUGGGGCAGCGAGGACCCACUUGACACAAAUCCGAACAGCUUAGUAUUGGAGCGUGAUCUGCUUCUUGGACAUGAGCAGGAAUUCUCUGACAGCAGCGAUCGAUUCCUUUCUUUCUCCAAGGACUCAGAGGAUUCUGUGGUGUGCAAGAUGGAGAUGCCCUGUUACUCUCUGAGUGAAGAUGAAUACUCUGUGUACCACCCACUCUGCGCAGAGAGUGAUCCUGAGGAGGUGUCUCUAGGAGAAAAAAAAUCUCCUUGCGGGCAGUGUGGGACUCAUUUAGGUGGUGCGUCACGCUGUCUGGACUUGGCACUUGGCCGUCGCAGUUUGCCUUUCUUCAAGUCCUCUUCCUCUGUGUGUGGGUCUCCAUCUCCUUUAGAAACCACAACGGAAUUGGCUUCACUGGGACAAAAGGAACGGCUACUCUUUCCCUGCCAAUUGUGCUCAUUCUCCACCCACUACUCGAGCCAUCUGAAACGCCAUAUGAAGACCCACAAUGGAGAGAAACCCUUUCGUUGCCCUUACUGCCUCUAUGCCUCUGCACAGCUAGUCAACCUGAAACGUCACCUUCGCACACACACUGGGGAGAAACCCUUCCGCUGCGAUCACUGCAGUUUCUCCUGUAGUAGUCUUGGCAACCUGAAGAGGCAUCAGCGAGUCCAUACACAGGAGAAGCCCUACUCUUGCAACUUGUGUUCUUACCGUUGCAACCAAAGCCGCAACCUGAAAAGACAUGUAUUGGGCCACCGUAGGAGAAGGCAGCGUCACGAAUCCAGGAUAGAUGGGGAGGAGGAGGAGGAAUGUGAACCUAGCUCAAAGAAUGCAGAUGUGGCUGUCCUUGCUCUCCCAGUCACCUCCAGUGCACUUGAUAAUUUUCUGCCAACCAGUGUUCAUAUGAACUGUGCCACUUCACCCUCAGCCCCUCCCCCUCGCCCUGAUGAUGGCCUCCCAGAGCUACUCUUUCCGUUCACAUGCCGUUUCUGUGGGCUGGUCUUAGAUGAAGGAUGCCCCCUAGAUGAUGAUGACGAUGAUGGAGUAGCAGAGGGACAGUCUUGCUCUCGUUGUAGUGCUUCUGAUCCUGAGAGUCCUGGCAAAGGGUUUUCCUGUGGUUUGUGCUCUUUUGUUACUCAUUACCCCAACCACCUCUCUCGACAUAUGAAGACCCACAGUGGUGAAAAACCCUACAAAUGCCAGCUAUGCCAAUAUGCUUCUGCCCACUAUGACAACCUUAAGCGUCACCAACGAGUACACACAGGUGAGAAGCCCUACAAAUGCCAGCUGUGCGACUAUGCCUGUGGUAAUCUUGCAAACUUAAAACGCCAUGGCCGCAUCCACACAGGCGACAAGCCUUUCCGCUGUGGUCUCUGCAAAUACAGCUGUAAUCAAAGUAUGAACCUUAAACGCCACAUGCUCCGACAUACUGGGGAGAAACCCUUCCGCUGUAUGCAGUGCCACUACACUACUGGACACUGGGAUAACUACAAACGCCACCAGAAAACUCACGGCCACUCUGUGGAGGGCUGGGUUAACCCUCAACGCAGUUUCAAAAAUAUAUCAAAUCAAUCUGCUGGGUUAGGUAAGAGCAGAUGACUGUCGGCAUUGCUUUUUUGAGGGAUUCAGAGGUUGAACACUGGAACAUGAUAAUCUAGAAUGGUUUACAGCACACAUAGUAUAAAACAACCUUUAAUGUAAACAGUGUAUGUGCAGUUUCACAAAGUAAUAUUAUAUAUUGGUUGUGACAAAUUGUUUUGGAUGUAAUAAAAACAUUACAAAUGUAGAAAUGCUGGAAAGAGCAUGGUCAUCUAUGUAACGUGCAGCAAAGUCAUCUGUCCCAAAUACUGGUUUCUCAUCCUAAGGUGCAUUCUGCUCUUCUAGGACAUGUAAAAAAAAAUAUAUAUAUAUAAUAAUAAUAAUACAGCUCUCUGUAGUGGUUAUGCUUUAAUUCAUUUUUUGACAAUUAGUUUUUAACAAAAAUACACUCAGAUUUUUUUGGAUGAUUUUAUUAUUGAAUGGCAAUAAUAAUGAGUGCUGGGCUAGUCUUUAAUUGUCAUGAUGCUUAGAAUAUUUAGACAAAGCUUACCUAGAGGUAGAUUGCAUGUCUUACACACACCUAGUGUGCAAUAUGGGAAUAACAAUAUAAUCCUAAAAUUGAAAUGUUACCUAUUCUAACAUGGACAAGGGCUUGACAGAUACCCCCACCAAACUGAACAAAUGCUACUAUUACACAUAUCUAAAUGCAGACAAGAACCUACCUGUUGGCCCAUCUUAGCACAGAUAAGCAGUGACUUAUUUGACAACCCGCCUUAAUUCAUAUCAGUGCUUUGACUACUCCGUUGGCCAUCUAAACCCAGACAAGCACUGACUAAUCCGUGGACCAUUCUCCGCUCAAACGAGCGCUCAAUGAUUCAUUGACCUGAAUCAGCCCUGUGACUGCUCUGUUGGACCACCUCAACCCUGGCCAAUCAUGAGACUGAUCAUUUGCCCAUCUCAAUCCUGGAUUUGUCAAGUCCCUUUUCAUUGAGGUAUUUGUUACUUACCCAUAAUGCUGCAUUUACCCGCAUAAGCUGUUUUUGUAGGUGUCAACCCAUCCCCACUUGGAUGAACACUAACUGCUCAGUCAGCCCAUCUAACCCAGAAGAGCACUGACUAAUCUUUUGUCCUGUCUUAAAUAGAACAAGAGAUGACUGAUCCAUUGGCCUAUGUGAACCUGGACAAUUGCAAACCUUUUGGCUCACUCAUUGCUCUAUGAACAAACUGUGAACCAUUGCUGAGCUUUAGUUUUAGGCGUCUGCCAGCUUUCUAGCAAGUCUCGCCCCAAACAAGUAGUUACCUAUCAGCUUAUCUCAACUAGUGACUCCCGUUUCAACCUGUAAGAGCAGUCAUCAGUCCUUCAUCACAACUGCACUGGCCUGUCUUGAUCCAGACAUGCACUGUCCUGUCAACUUGUCCAACCUGGACAAGUGCUUACAACUCCAUCGACCCAUCUGAACCCUGACAAAUGCAAACCUUUCAACCUGGACAAGUGCUGGUGAAUUGAGGCCCCUCCUUGCUCCAAGACGAUUAAUGAUCCAUCAGGCCUACAACUGACUUGUGUUGGCAAAUGGCUUUGUCUGAACCUGGACAUGCAAUGUGAUGUCUGAAUAUGAGCUGCUGUAUUGUAUUUGCAAUUACUUGUUCCCUUUGUUGGAGGGAAGGAGUUUCUUGUCCAUGUAGGCUCUUUAAAUACAGGAGCUGGUAUGUUUUGUAAUCAGUGUGCUUUUGUAUUAUUGAUAAAAUUGUCAUCUAUUGUUUUUAUUCCUCCUCUAAUCUGGUGAAUGUAG